GAAACAAGAGGAACCGAAAAGAGCUAAAAACUCUCCUGGGUAAAUUUAUCACCAGGGUUUAGAGCGGUACAGGAACUGUCACACACACACACACACACACACAGAGUGAGUGUGUGAAAGAGAGACGGCGUGUUUUCUUGUGCUUGUUUUUGCGCUGGCUCGCGCGCGCGUGUCACAGACAUAGAGAGAAAUGAUGGAGUUUAAAUAACCGAGAUAAAGUUGAUCUGAGGAGCAGUGAGGUCUCCGUGAGUGUGUGUGAGUGAGUGUGUGUGUGUGUGUGUGUGUGUGUGUGUGUUCUGGAGGAGUGACACGGCCCUAGGAUGAGUGAACGCACUCCGCUGCUGCACUACCGGCUCUCUGCGAGCGGGCACGAGCACACCGGAGAGCCACGAGCGCGCGAGGAUGCCGCGGGGCGCGUGGCGGAGAGGCGGAGGUCCGGUCACGGCCAGGCGCACAAACUCUCCACCUUCUUCGGGGUGGUGAUCCCAACCCUGCUCUCCAUGUUCAGCGUGGUGGUGUUCCUGCGCAUCGGCUUUGUGGUGGGUCAGUGUGGACUGUACCAGGCCAUGGUCAUGUUCGUGGUGGCGUAUUUCAUCAUCAGUAUGACCGUGCUCUCCAUCUGCGCCAUCUCCACCAAUGGAGCCCUGGACGCCGGGGGAGCUUACUAUAUGAUAAGUCGGGCUCUAGGACCGGAGUUUGGUGGCAGCAUCGGGAUCAUGUUUUUCUUCGCCAAUGUGUGCGGCAGCGCCCUGUACGUGCUCGGGCUGGUGGAAGCCAUUCUCUCAACCUUCGGGCAACCAGAGGAAGACUUAGGCCACACCCCCCAGUACGCGGUGAUGCCUGUUGGUUAUUGGUGGUCUCUGCUCUACGCCAGCCUUAUUCUGCUGCUGUGUGUGUUGGUGUGUUUGAUCGGCGCUCGUAUCUAUGCCAAGGCCACGUUCCUCAUCUUUAUGGUGGUGAUGGUGGUGCUCUUCACCAUCUUCAUCAGCUUCUUUGCCGUCAGACCUCGCAGCGUCCUGCUGCCGAGCAUGCUGGGAAACUCCAGCUCCGUACCCACCACCGCCAACUUCACUGGCUUCAAACUUGACACGCUGCUCGGGAACCUCAAAGCGAAUUACACAGUGGACUACACUACAGGAAUGACGAUGACGUUUGCCACUGUUUUUGCGGUCAUGUUCAAUGGAUGUACUGGAAUUAUGGCCGGAUCCAACAUGUCAGGUGACCUAAGGAACCCGAGUUACUCGAUCCCUCGUGGAACGAUCACUGCCGUCAUCUUCACUUUCAUCACCUACAACUUGCUCAGCUUACUGGUGGCCUGCACCUGUGACAGAGUUCUGUUACAGAGGGACUACAGUUUCCUGCAGGACAUUAAUCUGUGGCGUCCACUCGUCUCCAUCGGCGUGUACUCCUCCACUCUCUCAGCCGCCAUGAGCAACCUGAUCGGCGCCUCACGCAUUCUGUUCGCACUCGCCAAGGACGACCUGUUCGGUAAAGUCCUGUCUCCUGCUAGCAAAACCUCUGGCAGCGGGAACCCCUGGGUCUCGGUUCUCAUCUCCUGGUUCCUCGUGCAGCUGGUGUUGUUUUCCGGGAAGCUGAACACCAUCGCGAGCAUCGUCACCAUCUUCUUCCUGUUGGUCUACGCCGCCGUGGAUCUGGCCUGCCUCGCUCUGGAGUGGGCCUCCGCACCCAACUUCAGGCCUACAUUCCGUUACUUCACGUGGCACACGUGUGUGCUGGGCAUCCUCGGCUGUGGAGUGAUGAUGUUUCUGAUUAACGCCAUCUACGCCUCGGCCAGCAUCGCCUUCAUGCUGCUCCUGCUGCUGCUCAUCCACUACCUGAGUCCCACUAGCAGCUGGGGCUACAUUAGCCAGGCGCUAAUCUUCCACCAGGUGCGUAAGUACCUGUUGAUGUUGGACGUGCGUAAGGAUCAUGUGAAGUUCUGGAGGCCUCAGGUGCUGCUGAUGGUGGCUAACCCUCGCGCUAACAUCGGCCUCAUCACCUUCAUUAACGACAUUAAGAAGAGCGGCCUUUAUGUCCUCGGACACGUCCAGAUCGGAGACCUGGCCCUCCUUCCCUCCGACCCUCUGCAGUGUCAGUACGACUCCUGGCUCUCCCUGGUGGAUCACCUGAACAUCAAAGCCUUCGUUAACCUGACGCUAGCCAACUCUGUACGACGCGGGGUGCAGCACCUGCUCUUCAUAUCCGGACUCGGUGGGAUGAGACCGAACACGCUGGUCCUAGGUUUCUAUGACGACCUUCCUCCACAGGACCAGCUCCAAGACCGCUCGUUCCACUCGAGCAGAUCCGUAGAUAACCCCGUGUUUUCCGAAGACCCGGAAGAUCCGGUUUUUCAUUUCCCUCCUCUGCGGGGGAGCAUGGACGGAGCCUGGCAGGGGAAAUCCAUCGGGCCUCAAGAGUACGUCAGCGUGAUCGCAGAUGCCGUGAAGAUGCUAAAGAACGUGGCGCUGGCGAGGUACUUCUGCCAGUUCGACCGUACUCGGGCUCGUCCGAAGGGGACCGGCGUGUUCGUGGACGUCUGGCCCGUCAACCUGCUCCGACCCGACAGCUGCUCUUACGUCGACACCUGCUCGCUCUUCCUUCUCCAGCUGGCCUGCAUCCUCAGCAUGACCAGGGCGUGGUGCAAGGCCAGGCUCCGCCUCUUCUUGUGUGUGGAGACCGGGCGGAGCCUGAAGGAGGCGGAGCGUAAACUGGGCCAGCUGCUGAAAGAGCUCCGGAUGAAGGCAGACAUCUUCACGGUGCCGUGGGACGAUCAGGUGGCACUGCACUGGCAGAGACGGGGCAGCUCGAAAAAAAGGAAGAACAACGGAGGAGAGACUGAGGAAGAGGCGGAGCUACAAGAGGUUUUGGAGGAGGAGGAGCCAGAGGACGAGGACUAUGCUAACGGUUACCACAGCAACACUUCCCGCCUGACGGACGACUACUUGCUCGCUGUUAAUCGGCUGAUCAGCGACCAGCCUUGCCCCGCCCCCGCCCUGCGCUUCCUGUAUUUGCCCCGCCCACCCGCUGACACGCGCAGGUACUGCGACUACCUGCAUCAGCUGGAGCUGCUGAGCCGUGACCUCGGUCCCACGCUGCUUAUCCACGGGGUCACGCCUGUCAUCACCACUGACCUUUGACCUGUGACCUUUACAAAGGCGAACAUGUACAGAGAUCAGACUCGCAACACUUCACUGGAACAACAAAAAGGAAGGAAAAAAAAAACAGCCACUUCCACCUUUUCUCUUUUAAAUCUUUUUCAAUUUAAUUUCUUUAUUUUUUGCUUUAUCUUUAUUUAUUUACCUUUUUCUUACUUCAUUUGUCUUCUCUUAUCUAUUUUUUUCCUUUGUCCUCUAUUUUUAUUUUUUGUUCCCUUUUUCUCAUGUCUCUUUUUACUUUCUCCUUCUUCCCUUUUUUUCUUCCUGUUCCUCACUCAAAGAUUGAGUCAAUGUGUGUAAAUAUUAACAGGGAAUCUCUCUGUCUCUCUCCCUGUCUCUCUCUAUCUGUCUCACUGUCUCUCUUCAGGAAUCAGUCUGGACCUAGGUGUUACUCAGAAAAUUCACUGGUCAUCUGAUGAUGUAAACAAUAAUAUAAAUGUGCUGCAGGUGCACGAGUAUACAUUCAUACACACGCACAUGAUCUUCCUGUCCCUCAGUCAGCUGGGCGUUACGCGUCUCCGCUGUGUCUCACUAAGAGACGUCGAUAUAAACUCCCUGUUAUAUCUUAGAAUAACUCCAUUUUUAUGAAAUGAUAGAAACAUUGUUUUAUACACACACACGCACACACACACACACGGUGCUAUGUCAUCAAGACAAUCUUUCUAUGUCUACAGUAAUCAGAGCUCAGGAUCAACACUAAGAGAAAAAAAAUACAGUAAUUAUUUAUUUAUUUUGUCCCUCACCUUGUCCCUUAUUAUACAGCAGCUUAAACAUUAAAUUGUAAUUAAAAAAUUGUAAAUAAGGAUUGUGAAUUCGUUUACAAACAAUAGAACAAUAAGAAAACUUGAGUGAUUAAGUCUAAUUAAAGGUAGAUCUCCUUUACAGAUGUGUAGUCAUGUGACUGUUCGGCAGCAGAUGUUUAUGAAUCUCUCCCUCCCGAGCUGGACUAAAAGUCUGAUCGGUUUCUGAGACUCGGGUCUUUACUCAGCUGCUCAGACAUGUUCAGUAAAAUGUUAAUGAUGUUUUUAAAGAGGUCAUGAAAUCAUGAUGAGUGUUUGGGUGUGUGACAUGAGGUUCAGACACACUUUACACACAUACAGACACACACACACAUGCAUACACAGGCUGCUCUUUUCUUACAUGAAUAAAAAGUAUUUAUUAAUAAUUAAUAAAUGAGUAAUAGCGGUAAUGAAUUCAGAUGAUUUUCUGUUUAUUAUGAGGUCGUUGUCCCGGGGCGGGUGGCGGUUCUGUCCUGGAGGUGUCGUGGUUCUCUCUGGCGGACGUGUGGACGUGGUUCCAGGUUCCGUGCUCCGCUUGUAAAAGACGCAGAGACGCUUAUCAGACACUUGCUGUUGUUUCUUUAAUGAACAUUACAGCCGGUGUUCAGCGGCUCGUGUCGCUCCGCGCCUCUGAAAGCUCGAGCCGAAGCGCCGCGAUGUUCAUUUUGUGCUCCAGAGACUCGGAACGACGCGGCGAGACUCUCUGCUCAUCUCUCCUGGUUAAAGUCUCACACCGACACGGGAGGAUGAAAUAACAAACGCUUCCGCGUGCCUUUGUGAUCUCGCAUGAACGCAGAGUGAUUUCUAUCGACCGGGAGCAGGGCUCGUGAUUAGUCUGGGAGACGUGAUAGAACGGCGCGAGGCUGAAGGCGUGAGCGUCUCCACCGCAGUAUUUAAAUGAGUCUCUCGGUGCGUUUUGUUUUCACGGUGUUUGUUAAAGAAGAUUAAAACACUUUGGAGAUUUAACGAGUCAUUUCACCUGCUGAUUUAUUGAUGGAGUUGAUCAUCUGAGCGUCGGGCUCGAGCUCGCCGACUGAACCUGAGCUCCUGGUGCCUUGAACAUCAACCUGAAUCUCACUUCACCUUAAAGUUCAGUUUAUUAACAUCAUGUAUCUGAAAUCAUCAUCACCAGCAGCACUACCACCCCCACCCUGACACACACACACACACACUGGAGGAACUGAUAAACAGAUUAAAUUUACUUCUAUAACUCACAUUUCUUAAUUCUAGAUUAUUUAAUUAUUUUCUUUCUUUAUAUUUUG